UGCUGGGAGUGCUCGGAAAAGUUGCAAUGAGCCGUCAUUUUGAAAUAGUGGAAAACUAAACGAAAUAUAUCAAUUUGUAAAUAAGAAGUGAUAAUAAAAUAAGAAGUGAUAGUUAUCCAAAGUAUUAUUAUUAUUAUUAAUAUCAUGAAGGUUGUAGAAGGCAUUUAACAUUUUCAUAUACAUACACAAACAGCAUAGAAGAACUGAAGAAAGCAUCGCGGUUGAUGACGCUGAGAUCUGUCGUUUCGUGCAGUAGACUGUGUCGUUUAAUGGAAGGCAGCUGGCGGCCGCCGGCGUCGAGCCUCCGCUAUUUCAGCGAAAGCAAAGGGCGCGUGCUCAGUGAAGAAGAGCGCGCUAUCGAGACUGUUUAUAUUCAGAAAAUGGAGAGGGAAAGGAUGGAGAAGCUGAGGAGGAAGAAGGCUGAGCAAGAGAAAGCUGACAAUGACAAGUCUGAAAAGAAAGCUGAAGAAGGUCCUCACAAGAGCUGAAGCUGUUUGUCAGCAGUUGGAUAAGAUGUGAACUUGUGUUUUUUUAGCUUUGUUGAGAGAAUAAAUGUGUUUGCAUCUUUCUGUUUUAGGGUUGUUUGAACUUUGUAUAUAGUUGAGUAAUCUAUGAAAACUUCAAACUGUUUGCACUUAUAAUAUAUACUAUGGAGUUCUUUUCGAUUA